AAACAAACAAUAAACAACUGCAACAUCAAACAUUGAGAAUCUUCUACAAGUCGCACACACAAGCCUUCUUCAAACCACCACACAAACCAAGAAUCUACCAAUACAUCUAAGCCUGAACGGAGUAGAGAUCACACAACAUACCAAUUUUAAACAUUCAACACACACAUCAACACCGUCAACAUGCAGUUCUCCGCUGUCUUCGCCAUCUUCGCCGCCACCAUGGUCGCCGCCGCACCCACCUCUCCCAUUGACUCAACUCUUGAGGCCAGAAAGGACCCCGGUGCCAUCGCCGCCUGUGAGACGCAGGUAGCUGCUGACCAAGUCUCUUGCAUCGACAAGUGCAACAAGGACGCUGCUUGCAUCACUGCUUGCUCAACCGACGCCGCGAAGAAGUACACUGCUUGCGCCACGAACUAGAAUUAGAAAGCCUGCGAACGGACUAGUGUAUGAUACAAGCAUGAGAGAUUGCAUAGCCAGCGAUGAGAGUGUAAGACUAGUGUGUAGCGAG